CCUCACCUUUGCCCAUGAAGGCUUCUCCCAGCCUCAGCUUACCGGGACUGUCCAGCGCGUGAGCGGAAGAGAUUAGCUGCGCGUCUUUCAGUCCGCUCGCAAUGGAGGGACAGCCCUACAGAAAUCACAAUGGGCCCGUCCCUUCUCCGCAUUCACGCACUUAUCAGGAAGUGUACAUCGAGAACGGUCGAUGGUACGGAACCUUUCGAAAGGGAAAGUAUAUGUUUCCCAUCGACCAGGUUGAGUUAGAGCGUCUUGACAUAUUUCACAAAAUCUUUCAUGUUGCUCGUAAGGAUGUUCUUCACAACGCGCCACUCCAUAACCAGGAAACUCCCCGGAUCCUAGAUCUGGGAUGUGGGACGGGCAUUUGGGGAAUUGACAUGGCAGACAAGUAUCCCGGAGGGACCCAUGUGGGUUUGGACUUGAAUUACAUCCAGCCCGAGUUCAACAUUCAUUUCAUCCAAAGGGAUAUUGAAAUGACCUGGCAAGACCUAGAGCCAGGCUCCUGGGACCUCAUUCACAUGCGUACGUUGAACGGCAGCAUUUCUAAUUGGCCCAAGGUAUACGCUGAGGCCUACAGGCAUCUUAAGCCGUACCACGGCCACAUCGAGCAGGUUGAGAUUGAUUGGUACCCUCGCUGUGACGAUGGCACACUACCACGAGAUGCCUACGUUUCACAGUGGGCUAAUGAGCUCAUGGACGCCAUGGACGGGUUCGGUCGGCCGUUGCGCAUGGACAGCAACCUCACGAGACAGCGGCUAGAAGAGGCUGGCUUUGUCGAUGUCAAGGAGGAAGUAAUCCGAAUGCCUCUCAACAGAUGGCCAUCGGACGCACACGCCAGAGAAAUCGGCCGGUGGUUCAACCUCGGCUUCCGUCAAUCCAUCCAACCGCUCAGUUUAGCGCCCUUGACACGAGGUCAUAACAGGACACUGGCUCAGGUUAACGAGCUCGUGGAGAAGAUUGGGACUGAAGUCUUCAGCCUAAAUCAGCAUGCAUACUGCACACUGCAUAUUUUCACGGCCAGGAAGCCACGGUGAGUCAGGCUUCAUUACUUGAUGUCACCACCUUGCCUCAUGGGAACCUUGACACAUAUCAUGACGUCCGCCGACUGCUGGGCAAUCCAAUCCGAAUACAUGUGCCAGGGCCGAUAGCCGGCGAUUACUGGACUCCCUAUCCUAGAGUUGACUUUGGUGGCAUGUUGACACUCGGCCCUUUGACAACAGGGCGGUCGACAGCGGGUCUCAUCCCAUGGCGAAUUCCGCAAGGACUCGCACGCGUCAAGCCUAGAAAUGCUUGAUACGGCACGGUGUUGAACCGGAAAUUCGGCUAUGCUCGGCGUGACAGCCGCACUAUCGCGGUCGACGCUACGGAGGCUGCAUUGCCGGCCUUGGGAUUAAAAACCGAUCUAGCCACGCU